AUGGAGGACUCUGAGUCAGGGUCGAGCUUGACAUCUUCAUCUGAGUCAGAGAUUUUCGUCGAUGUCAUCGACGGGGAGACUGCUCCUUCACCCACCGCGCCCCCCAUCAACAACCCUGCGGAUGAUGACGGUUGGCAAACGGUGGGCCCCAAGCGACAGCAUCGCUCCUUACCGGCUGAUUCUGCCUUGUCCGCCGGCGCUUCUACCUCGCUGCCCCCUCGGCACCCCUCUGGCCCCCAGUCACCUCUGCCCCCGCCACCUCGGACUAUGAACGCCCCUGCUGCUGCUCAACCCGCUUCGCUGCCGAAGCUGCUCAUUCCGGCGACUGUCGGUUUCGAAUCAACCCUCGACCUCGCCGAGGUAUUUGUCACGGUCGCGGGGCCGCUGCCGGGCUCGUUGGACCUGGGGAGCUGGGGGACCUUCUACACGCGCCCCUACAGCAAGGAACCCCUCAGGUGCUACAAUUGCCAGCAGUUCGGCCACCACCGGGCCAGGUGCAGCCGUCCCCCGGUCUGCGGCAUAUGCUCUGCCAGUCACGACACGGAGCGGUGCCUGUCAAAGUACAAGACUGGCCAGACCAUCACCAGCAGAUGCCCGAAUUGCCAGGGCGAACACCAUGCCUGGAAUCGGGCCUGCGCCAACAGGCGAGAGCUGGUCGACAAACAGCGCACUGUCCAACAGCGCUGGGUCGUCACUCAUCGCCCUGCUCCUCUCGGCACCUUCCGCUGGGGAGCCCAGCAGCCCCCCGCGUCCACGGCUGCUCCAACGCCCCGCCUCCCCCAGGCUGCCCACCAGCCAUCUCUUACACCCCCUUCACCAGCUCCGUACGAGGAGAGCUUCCCUCCCCUUACCCCACGCCAUCUGCCACCUUCCCAGCUCACCGCUACCCAAGCGCCCGACGCCAGCCGCCAGCCCCGCCCCCUCACUACAGCAGCUCCCACUGCCGCCCCUCCCGGCUGUCUCCUCAUCACAAGGGAGAUGAUGGUGGGACUCUUGGAGGGCUUCGGGCGGAUUAUCGCAACGGCACUCAAGUCGGACGUCGAGCAGAGAGUGUUCUCGGACGCAGCGCAGCAGGUGGUGGGAAAUCUCUUCCCGGAAACGCCGGCCCAGCAAGCUGCCGUCCCUCCUGUGCAGGCUCCUUCCCCCGGCGGGCCAUCAUCAACCCCACCUACGCCGACCCCUCGUGCUCUGAAGACUCCCCUUCCACCUCCUCCUGCCCCCGUGCACGCGAGCAGCUCCGCACUCCUCCCAACCCCUCCGGCCGUUGCAACCAGCCAGCACCAUCCGUUGGUAGCACCGCCCCCUGCUCCCACCUCCCUGAACGAGGGCGGGCUACCGACCCGGCCAGGGAUGGCCCGAUACAGGCACUCCAGGAAGCUGUCCAUAUAA